ACCGGCUGCCCAUGCGCGGAUAGGUGGGGCAAGAUGGCUGCUGAGCAAGGCAUGCGGGUCGUCUGUACCCUACCCGGAACGGGGCUGGAUAGAGUGAUGCGGGCCUUCCUGCUGCUGCUGUGGUUUGCAGCUCGCGGGAAUGCGCUGUACUUCCACAUAGGGGAGACAGAGAAAAAGUGCUUUAUUGAGGAGAUUCCAGACGAGACCAUGGUCAUAGGAAAUUACCGGACGCAGCUAUAUGACAAGCAACGCGAGGAAUACCAGCCGGCCACCCCGGGGCUUGGCAUGUUCGUGGAGGUGAAGGACCCGGAGGACAAGGUCAUCCUGGCCCGGCAGUAUGGCUCUGAGGGCAGGUUCACUUUCACCUCUCACACCCCUGGUGAGCACCAGAUAUGUCUUCACUCCAAUUCCACCAAGUUCUCUCUCUUUGCUGGAGGUAUGCUGAGAGUUCACCUUGACAUCCAAGUGGGUGAACAUGCCAAUGACUAUGCCGAAAUUGCUGCCAAAGACAAGCUGAGUGAGUUGCAGCUACGAGUGCGACAGCUAGUAGAACAAGUGGAACAGAUCCAGAAAGAGCAGAACUAUCAACGGUGGCGAGAAGAGCGCUUCCGGCAAACCAGUGAGAGCACAAACCAGCGGGUGCUAUGGUGGUCCAUUCUGCAAACCCUCAUCCUCGUGGCCAUUGGCGUCUGGCAGAUGAGGCACCUCAAGAGCUUCUUUGAAGCCAAGAAGCUGGUGUAGCCAUCUCAGGCCUUAUAGGUCAUCUUUCCUCCCAGGCUGGGGGAGAAAGGACCUCCUGGAACUGACUCCUCUGGCAGGAGGACUUGUUCUCAACCAUAGAUAUUCUGGGGGGAGAGGGGCUGCAAGCACCCCCAGGCACAAGCUGAAAGCAGUGAUUUGGCUGGUUAACACUGAGUGGAGGGAGGGGGCAAGUGCCUCCCUCCCUCCACCCAACUGCCAGCCUCUGAACCUUUUGCAGUAAUCACUCAGGAGCUGGUAACGCCACUGGGAGCCCCAUUGGCACCUUAGAAUCUCAGUGUUACUGAUCAGGGAUGUGAGGCUGCUGUCUAGGGUGGAUGGUGGGAGGGAAGUGGGCGGGUGAGUGAGCCAAUCUUCCUUUUGUCUUCCUUUGCUAACAUGGAAUUUUGAGCAGGUUCGGUCGUGGCUGUGUUUACUUGCCAUUCUAGGAACCUUUUUUUUCUCUCCUUCAGCCUAGACCUAGCCUGCUGAUUCAGGGUUUGUGUGUGUGUCAGUUGAGGGUGGGGUAGAGGGAAGUAGCUUCAGGGUACCCUAGCUUCUUCAUGUGGUUGUUCUUUCUGGGGCUUGAGGAACUUGUGUCAGGCCUCGUAGAGGCCUUGGUGCUGGCUGGAAUGGGGUCUGCACAAUCUUAGUUACUGAUUUCAUUUUCAUUGAGUCUAGGUUUGUUAUGUUGGUUUCCCAAUUAAAGAAAACAAUGAAGUGUCCAGUGUAAAGUUACUCUCAGUGGUCAUGACAUUGCAUGUAUUGUCAGUUCUCCCAUGGGAAAGUACUUCACAUUCUACCAGGAAUCCUGUCACCUGUGAACUUCAUUCUUUCAUGCCUUCUUGUGUCAGGCAGUAGUGGGUUUGUCUGACACCAUCCAACAAGCAAAUUGUACGCUUGGGGCUCAAAUUCACCAAUCUUCCCUGCCAGCUCCCUUGUGAAGCACCCUCCCUUUCCUGAGUAGGUGGGCGGAAUUAUUAUAGGUGCUGCAAGCAGGUGCCUGGUAAGAGAAGAUGCAUAGAGCGGGAGAAUGCUAUAGAUGUGGAAAGGAGAGUCCCUGGGCUGGUGGAGAUGAGGGUAUUAGUGGAUUUAACUGGAAGUAAUUUCUGCAAGGACCACAAAGGAGAGGAAGUAUUCUGGGGAAAGGAGAUGGCAGGUUAGAAGUGGUUGGGAGAAGAGGCAAAAAGCUUGUAUGGAGAUGGAGGGACAUUCUGUGUCAAUUGGAGAGGAUAUUUAUGAGGAGGCUGGUAAAGAAGGUUGGGUUAGAGUUAAAAGAGCCUUGACUCAAGGCUCUUUUAGAUUUGGACAAUACCCCUCCUAUCAACGCAAACUUUUUUUUGUGGUGCAGGGCAUCAAACCUAGGACCUUAAACCACUGAGCUACAUCUACCCAGCCCUCAACCAAAAGUUCUGAAUAGAAAAAACCUGAAGGUAAAAAUUGAGGGAGGGUGGAAUUUAUCAGUGUGUGAGAAAGUCUGGACAAGGAGACAAGUUUGGGGGCUGUUUGACCUGAUGAGAUGUGAGAUGUGAUUUGAACUCAUGGUGUCACUAAGGCCUCUACAUUAAAAUAAUAUUUAUCUUUAAAAGACAAGAACAAAAACAGCUUCAAGCUGAGUGCUGGU